UUUCUCUCUUCAGGGUUAUUAUUGAAAUGUUAAGAAAAAAGGGGCACCAGAAGUCAAUUUUGUACCAGAGAACCAAAUAGCCCAAGCCGAAUUGUGAGAAGGCAAAGCAAAGGCCCAUAAACAAGGAAAAUUAAGCCCAAUAAUACUAGAACGUACAGGCCCACUCUCCGAAACCUUACGGACUAAAUCCCGCCAACAUUUUCUAGCGCGCAGCACCGUCUCAGGCUCUCAGCACUCAGCACUCAGCAGACUGAAAACUUCAGAGGAAACUGCGAAAAGCAUUAGAAGCAAAAGCCGGCGGCAGGCCACCAAAGGGGGUAAGAAUUGAAGAUUGCAGGAGUUCUCCGUAUUGAUUUUAAAAGGUAUUUCCAUCCUCUCGUCUUCUCUGCUAGAUUCCGUUGCUUCGUUCUGUUUCCGUAAUGGGGGAAUUCGGGAAAUCGCCGGUUUUAGGUUUUGCUGAACGAAACUUUGGAAUUGGAAGCCAUCUAACCGUCAUGAAUCUAGAAUCCCAAAACCUGUAAAGAGUUUGACCAGCGGUAUCUGUAUUCGGUUAGCCGAUGGCUGUAGCAGAUCCGGGAGAAUGGUUUACUGUCCAAUUUUGUUAAGGAGUAGAAUUGGAAGGUACGGGAGAGUUCUAGUAGAUGCCGAAUCUGAUUAGGAUUAAGUUUGAUUGGAUGGUUGAAACUUGAGAAACCAUACUGAUUUCGUCUUGUUUCGGAUUGUCAGAGUAAGGAACUCUGAAACUUUGCCCAUUUCAAGGUUAAAUGUGCUAUCUCAGCAGUAUGGCUAUCAUUACAGCUAUUAGCUUGCUCAUUUGGGUUAUUGAAUCGAUUUCGUGGAUAAGUGCAGCAACUAGAGCGCUAAAAUAAGGAGCAGUAUCAGGGGUUGAUCUGCAAAGUUGCAAGUAAUAUAGUACUAGAAAGUUUGUAGGCAUGUUGAAGGGUCAAACUUAGCAGGUAGAUAGAACUAUGUGUAACUAAGUAAUCAUCAAAUGCAGUUAUCAAAUCCUUUUUAGAGGGUUUCAUUGCUUAGCUGUUGAAAUUGAACUGGGUUUGGUUGCAUUCUAUACUUUGGAGGGAAAGGUCGUUCAAAUUUCAUAAUGGCAUAUUGAUUACAGUUGAAAUGGGUUUAAUGAAGGAAAGAUGAAGGCAGGAAGGAAGAAUUUGAAGAGGGCAGUAGCUAAUGAAGAUGGCUUAACACUUCAGGAUGGUCAAAGCAUCAUGCGGGUGCUAUCACUCCGAGGCUCCAACCUAAUCGAGGUGUUGGACACGAAAGGAGAGAAGUCCUUAGCUUUGUUUCCAGCUAAGUUUCAGAAGAGCAUGUGGAUCAAGAAUGGAAGCUUUGUAGUCGUCGAUGGAAGUGGGAAGGAAAAGGCGAUCGAGUCAGGCAGCAAGGUAACCUGCAUUGUUACCCAAGUUCUGUUUCAUGAACAAGUCCGCAAGCUUCAGAAAUCUCCUGAAUGGCCUGAAAUUUUCAAGGAAGAUAAUAUCAAUGGAAGAGCUCAUGCAGAAGCCAUUACAAGCCAAGAAGCAAACCAGCUCAAGUCAUGUGGUGAUGAUGAAGAAGAAGAAGAUACGGAUGAUGAUGGGUUGCCACCAUUAGAAGCCAACACGAACAGGGUCCAACCACCAUUUAUGGAUUCAGGUUCAGGAUCUGAUUCUGACUCUUGAAUUUACAUUUGCUUCAAACACUUCCUGAUCUGAAUUUACUUUCUGAUUCUUAAAUAUGAAGAAUUUCUCUGGUUGUGUCAAUCUUCUACUGGCCUAUAUCUAACCGCAUUUUUACUGUUAAUGUGCGUUUAUACGAUACUCCCAACUUCAUAAUCUUCAUUUUGAUCAUAGGAUCCAGUGAUCCAAAUUGCCCCCAUUUGCAUGGAUACUAAAAGCUACGUGUAAAAAUCAGCACAAUACAUACAAAAACUAACG